AUGCUACUUUCUUAUCGAUAUAAUAUGACAAUCGCAGGAAAAUUCAUCGGAUGGCAAGCAGAGCAAACUACUGGCAAUAUAAUUGAUGUGCUGAGUGAUGCAUGUCGUGCAGUGUCGGAUUCAAAUAUAGUUGGUAUCAUUGGCCCAGGAUUAUCAAGAGAAGCUUCUAUAAUUGCUCCAUUUGGUGAAAAAAUUGGUAUACCGAUUAUAUCAUAUUCUGCAACUGAUCCUGGUUUAUCUAAUCGAAAUACUUAUCCUAAUUUUUAUCGUACAGUUUCUUCCGACAAUGUAGCUGCAUUAGCUCUUGUAAAACUAUUCAUUCGAUUUAACUGGACAUCUUGUACAAUAAUUUAUCAAAAUGAUGUGUUUGGAUCUGGUGGUACCAAAGUUAUAAGUGAUGCAUUUAAUACAAGUGGAUUAAUAGUCAGACAAAUGGUCGCUUUUGAUAUUACUACACUUAGUAUUCGUGGUGAUUUGCAAAGUCUUUUAACUAAUGUUGCAACACGAAUUAUUGUAUUAUGGGCUGAACGAAUUUAUACAUCUUUGAUUUUACAAAAGGCUCUUGACUUGAAUUUAAUUGGUCCAUAUUUUACAUGGAUACUAAGCACCAGUAUUUCAUUAAAUUCUUUCAAUCAAACAUUUCAUGAAAACUUAAUUGGAAUGCUUGCGAUUGAACCAGUUGUAGGAUCAUUUGUUGAUAAAUCAAUUAAUGAAACAUUAUUAAAUGAAGCAUAUAGUAUUUGGCAACAAUAUGAACCUGAAUCAUUUCCUGAAUCGUUGAAUGUAGAUUAUUAUGGAUUAUUUGCAUUUGAUGCAACAUGGACAUUAAUUCAAGCAUUACAACAAUUGUGUACAUCAAAAAUAAAUAUUUCCUCUUCAUGUUUAUCAUUUAUUGGAUCUUCAUUCUGUUUUGAUCAUCGUUUCAUACAUUCUAAAUUAUUAUUAGAUGCAGUUAGUGGAACAGAAUUUUUUGGUGUAUCUGGUCCUAUACAAUUUAGUGUUAAUGGAACAGAUCGAAUAAUUGAAUAUGCUCAUCCUGAUAAUUGGAGAAUACCUAACAAAGAAAAUGUUAUAAUAUGGCCAGGUAAUACGUUAACAAAACCUACUGGUAGAGCGAUUCUCAAGGGUGUAAAUUUACGAAUAGGUAUUAUUGAAUCAGUUCCAUUUACAAUAGUUCAACAGACUAUAAAUGCAUCUGAGUCAAGUACAAUACCGUAUAGUGGUUUUGUACCGGAUCUUAUUGAAAUGUUACGAAGUAAAAUGGAAUUUAUUCCAACUAUUGAAUUAGUACGAUCAAAUCUAACAUAUACUGAAUUCGUUCAAUCAGUAAGUAACGGUGUUUAUGAUAUAGGGAUAGGUGAUGUGACUGUUACCGCUGCACGAAGAGAAUUAGUCGAUUUUUCCAAUGCUAUAUUUGAUAAUUCUUUACGUAUUAUUAUACGAAAAACACCUCAAACUAGUAUCGAUCUGUUCUCAUUCUUGAAAACAUUUUCACGUAAUCUCUGGUUAUUAGUCUUAGGUACUGUAAUCUUUGCUGGUAUUUUGAUGGGUGGACCAUUAACAUUAAUCUUAAAUUAA